AUGGCGAUCGUCUUUGGCCACGCGAUCGACGCCUUUGGCCACUCUAAUGGCACCGUCGACCUCGCGGCCGUCAACGAAGCGGCGCUCUGGUACCUCUACAUUGCGCUCGCGCUGUUCGCGACGGACUACGUCGCGUACGUGGCGUUCACGGCGUCGGCCGAGCGACAGGUCCUCGAGCUGCGCGACGCGGCGUUCGCGCACCUGCUGCACUUGGACCUCACGUGGUACGACGCGCGCGAUCCGCUGACGCUCGCGAGCCACUUGACGGGCGAUACGGUCAAAGUGAAAGACGGCAUGGGGUCGAAGCUCGGCGAGGCCGUCAAGUACGUGUGCCAGUUCUGCUCGGGCUACGGGCUGGGGCUGCUCCGCGUCUGGGACCUCACGCUCGUCAUGGCCUGUGUCAUGCCCGUGAUGGUGUUGUCGCUCAGCGCGCUGGUCACGAGUCUCCGCCUGCGGGCCACGCAGUCGCAGCAGCUGUACGCCGAAGCCGGGGCCGUGGCCGAAGAGACGCUGGGGUCGAUCCGGACCGUCGCGUCGCUCACGGCCGAGCCCCUGGCGCUCGCCAAGUACAAGGACUGCACGGCCGAAGCCGAGCAGUCGAACAUCCACAUGGCGCGCUUCACGGCCUGGGUCUAUGGCCUCUUUGUCGGCAGUAUCUGGUUCAUGUACGCCGCGGGGCUGUGGUACGGCGGCUCAAAAGUCGUGGACGAUGACGCGACGCCGGGGGAGGUGUUCCAAGCGUUCUUUGCCGUGCUCAUGGGCACGAUUUCCAUGGGUCAGAUCAUGCCCAAUGUCUCGGCCAUUGCAGAAGCAAGAGGCGCGGCCGUGCAGCUGUAUGCGAUCCUGGACACGCCGUCGUUGAUUGAUGCUUCCAAGACAGAGGAAGCGGGCGAUGUGCCCGCCGAGAUGUGUCGCGGACGUAUUGAAGCUGUGGGCGUGCAGUUCGCGUACCCGAGUCGACCGGAUGUACGGAUUCUGAACAACUACAACGUUACGAUCGAGGCUGGUCAGACGGUUGCAUUCGUUGGUCCGAGUGGCAGCGGCAAGAGCACGCUCAUUGCACUGCUCGAGCGCUUUUACGAUCCAAACGAAGGCACGCUUUUACUCGACGGCCGUGAUGUGAAAACGCUGAGUGUCAAGUGGUUGCGGGCGCAGAUUGGACUUGUGUCGCAAGAACCUGUGCUGUUUGCCAGCACGAUACUUGAGAACAUUGCAGCAGGAAGAGAACAUUGCACACUGGACGAAGUGAUAGCAGCCGCUAAAUUGGCGAAUGCUCACACAUUCAUCAUGGACCUGCCAGAGCAGUACGAUACGCUUGUCGGUGAGAAGGGUGUGACGCUGUCAGGCGGUCAGAAGCAGCGCAUCGCCAUUGCUCGAGCCAUCGUACGCGAGCCCAAAAUACUGGUCCUGGACGAAGCUACAAGCGCUUUGGAUGCUGGGAGUGAACAAGUCGUGCAGGCUGCGUUGAACGAUCUGAUCGACAAGACCCGCAUGACGACGCUGGUCAUUGCUCACCGAUUGAGUACGAUUCGACGGGCAGAUAAGAUUGUGGUGGUAGAUGGUGGUCAAGUAGUGGAAGAAGGUCCCCACGACGAGUUGGUAGCGAUCAAGGAUGGCACGUAUCGAAAACUAUACUUGAUCCAGGAGGAACGAGCGCAAGAAGAGGCUCGAGUUGCAGUCACUACAUUGUCUGAAGUUGAGAGUACAGAGCCUCACCUUGGAAGUUCGCGGAGCCACAGUGGUCGCUCAGUGAACAGCUCGAUCCAUGGACGGAAGGAGAUGGAGAGUCCGGACGAGGAAGAGACCUCGAAGAAGGAGUUUACUAUUUUCGACAUCAUGGCCCUGUCUCGGUCGGAGAAACCAUUAUUUAUCGUGGGCACUAUAGCUGCUGCGAUAGUCGGUUGCUCGCUACCGGCUUCUGCUGUUCUCAUCAGUGGAUUGAUUUCUUCCUUAACAGCAAACUACGCGCUCUACAAGACCUCCAACGUCAGGUCUGCUCUCGACGACCUUAGCCACGAUGUAACGGUGUAUGGACUGUGCUACGUCGGCGGAGGUUUCGUGAUGUUCCUCGCUUCUGGUGCACAGAAUUACUGUUUCAAGUACAUGGCAGAAAAGCUUACCUCUCGCCUGCGUGACAUCCACUUUACCGCACUUUGUCGCCAGAAUAUUGGAUUUUUCGACGAGAAGGAGAAUGCAAAAGGCGCGUUGACCGCAGACUUAUCGACGAAUGCGAUGAAGGUUGCUUUGAUCUCGGGCGAAUCCCAAGGCCGCGUCGUCCAAGCAUUCUGCACAUUCGUGGCUGCCCUGCUGAUUUCAUUCACGACUGGAAGCUGGCUGCUGACUUUCGUGAUGUUAUCCGUAUUUCCGCUCUUGGUAUUCGGCCAAGUUGCUCGGAUGCGUCAAUUGACCUCAUCUGGCCACAUGUCGGACGAGCUUGCGGAAGUCGGCGCUUAUGCUUCCGAGGCUCUUAGUAACAUCCGCACGGUUGUCUCGCUCGGGUUGGAGAAAUCUCUUUGUGCAAAGUUUUCGGCAUCCCUCCAACAGCCAUUAGCAAGCGGGCGUCGCGAAGCUCAGGUGAAUGGGCUUGCGCUGGGGUUUGGCUCCUUCAUCCUUUUCUCCACGUACUCGCUUGUGUUUUGGUACGGUGGUAAAUUGGUCGAUUCUGGUGACAUCAGUUUUAAACAGCUCAUGCGAACGCUCAUGGCCAUCAUAAUGUCUGCCCAGGGGAUCGGGAACUCUGCUUCUUUCAUGGGAGACUUUGAAAAAGCAGUCAAAGCUGGUAAAGUGAUCACCGAUCUUCGAGACCGCCAACCGCCAAUCGAUUCGUUCCAAGAAGGCGGGCGACGCCUGGACCGUCUCGAAGGCAAAAUCGAGUUCAAGAACAUUCUGUUCCGAUAUCCUACGAGACCCGACGUCACAGUGCUACGAAACUACAGUGUCACGAUUGAGGCUGGACAGACAGUUGCUUUCUGUGGUCCAAGUGGUGGAGGCAAGAGCACUGGCAUUUCGCUCCUUGAGAGGUUCUACGAUCCGACCAGCGGCCAAGUGUUGCUCGACGGUGUUGACACGAAAGAGCUGAAUCUCAAGUGGUUGCGUAGUCAGAUCGGCCUGGUCGGUCAGGAACCCACGCUAUUUAUCGGAACCAUUGCCGAAAACAUCGCAUACGGACUCACGAACAAACCCACGCGACAGGAAAUCGAAGAAGCUGCCAAGAUGGCUAACGCGCACGGCUUCGUCACGCAGUUCCCGGACGGUUACGACACGCAAGUGGGCAUGAAAGGUGAGCAGUUGUCGGGUGGCCAGAAGCAACGCAUCGCUAUUUCACGCGCCAUUUUGAAGAACCCGAACAUCUUGUUGCUCGACGAGGCGACUAGUGCGCUGGACUCGGAGAGCGAAAAGAUAGUGCAAAACGCGUUAGACAAGGUGGUGGCGUCGAAGCGGCGCACGACGAUUAUCAUCGCGCAUCGGCUGUCCACUAUCCGCAACGCUGACAAGAUUUGCGUGGUAAGCGGUGGCAAGAUCGCCGAGCAAGGUACGCAUCAAGAAUUGGUCAGGCAAGACGGCAUCUACGCAAAGCUCGUGAAGCGCAGCGUCAACUAA